ACCGGGCGGCGGCGGCGGCGCGCGCCAUGUCGUUCAGUGAAAUGAACCGCAGGACGCUGGCGUUCCGAGGAGGCGGGUUGGUCACCGCCAGUGGCGGCGGCGGCGGCAGCAGCUCCACGAACAAUAACGCUGGCGGGGAGGCCUCGGCUUGGCCUCAGCAGCCCCAGCCAAGACAGCCCCAGCCGCUAGCGCCUCAGCAGCUCAAUGGGCGGGGGGCCGACGAGGAAGUGGAAUUGGAGGGCCUGGAGCCCCAAGACCUGGAGGCCUCCGCUGGGGCGGCCGCCGCCGCCGAGGAAACCAAGGAGUUGCUGCUCCCCCAAGACGCGGGCGGCCCCACCUCGCUGGGCGGCGGUGGCGCGGGGGGCCCCCUGCUAGCGGAAAGGAACCGUCGGACUCUGGCCUUCCGAGGAGGCGGCGGCGGCGGGGGUCUCGGCAACAAUGGCAGUAGCCGCGGCCGCCCCGAGACCUCGGCGUGGCCCCUGAGGCAUUUCAAUGGGCGAGGGCCAGCGGCUGUGGAUCUGGAGCUGGACGCGCUGGAGGGGAAGGAGUUGAUGCAGGACGGCGCGUCCCUGAGCGACAGCACCGAGGACGAGGAGGAGGGGGCGAGCCUGGGCGACGGCAGCGGGGCGGAAGGCGGCAGCUGCAGCAGCAGCAGGCGGUCGGGCGGCGAUGGCGGGGACGAAGUGGAGGGCAGCGGUGUGGGAGCUGGCGAAGGAGAGACUGUCCAGCACUUCCCGCUCGCGCGGCCCAAGUCCCUAAUGCAGAAGCUACAGUGCUCCUUCCAGACCUCUUGGCUCAAAGAUUUUCCCUGGCUGCGGUAUUCCAAGGAUACUGGCCUUAUGUCUUGCGGCUGGUGCCAAAAGACCCCUGAGGACGGGGGAAGCGGGGACCUUCCUCAAGUGGGGCAUGAUGAGCUUUCGCGAGGGACCCGAAACUACAAGAAAACCCUUCUUCUGAGACACCACGUCUCUAACGAGCACAAACUCCACGAAGCCAACGCCCAGGAGACAGAAAUACCAUCAGAGGAGGGGUACUGUGACUUUAAUAGUAGGCCAAAUGAAAACUCUUAUUGCUAUCAACUUCUUCGACAACUAAAUGAACAAAGAAAGAAAGGUAUUCUUUGCGAUGUCAGCAUUGUGGUGAGCGGAAAAAUCUUUAAAGCUCAUAAGAACAUCCUGGUUGCAGGCAGCCGUUUCUUUAAGACUUUAUAUUGCUUUUCAAACAAAGAAAGCCCUAACCAAAACAAUACUACCCAUUUAGAUAUUGCUGCAGUUCAAGGUUUUUCAGUCAUCUUGGACUUCUUGUAUUCUGGUAACCUGGUGCUCACAAGCCAAAAUGCCAUUGAAGUGAUGACAGUGGCCAGCUAUCUUCAAAUGAGUGAAGUUGUUCAAACUUGCCGAAAUUUCAUUAAAGAUGCCUUAAAUAUAAGCAUUAAAUCAGAAGCUCCAGAGUCUGUAGUUGUGGACUAUAAUAAUAGAAAACCUGUUAAUAGAGAUGGUCUGUCUUCAUCACGGGAUCAAAAAAUUGCCAGUUUUUGGGCAACUCGGAAUCUUACCAAUUUGGCAAGUAAUGUAAAAAUUGAAAAUGAUGGUUGUAACGUCGACGAGGGCCAAAUAGAAAACUACCAAGUGAAUGACAGUAGUUGGGUCCAGGAUGGUUCACCUGAAUUGGCUGAAAAUGAAUCUCAAGGUCAAACAAAAGUGUUUAUUUGGAAUAAUAUGGGCUCCCAGGGAAUUCAAGAGACUGGCAAAACAAGGAGGAAAAACCAAACUACAAAGAGAUUUAUUUAUAAUAUACCACCUAAUGAAACAAAUUUAGAAGAUUGCUCAGUGAUGCAGCCACCUGUUGCCUAUCCAGAAGAAGAUUUAUCCUUCAUCAAGGAAGAACCAGAUCUGGAUGGUGCUCUACUCUCAGGGCCAGAUUGUGAUAGGAAUGUGAACACAAAUUUAUUGGCUGAAGCCGGCUCCAGUCAGGAUGGAGGUGAUGCUGGUACUUCACAUGAUUUCAAGUAUGGCCUGAUGCCUGGCCCUUCAAGUGAUUUCAAGUAUGGAUUGCUGCCAGGUACUUCAAAUGAUUUCAAGUAUGGAUUGAUACCAGGUGCUUCAAACGAUUUCAAGUAUGGAUUAUUGCCGGAAUCUUGGCCAAAACAAGAAACUUGGGAAAAUGGUGAAUCAUCUCUAAUCAUGAACAAGUUAAAAUGCCCUCACUGUAGCUAUGUAGCCAAAUACAGACGAACACUAAAAAGGCAUUUGCUCAUUCAUACGGGAGUCAGAUCAUUUAGCUGUGAUAUUUGUGGAAAACUGUUUACUCGCAGAGAACAUGUGAAAAGACAUUCCCUGGUGCAUAAAAAGGAUAAAAAAUACAAAUGUAUGGUGUGUAAGAAGAUCUUCAUGUUAGCAGCCAGUGUUGGAAUAAGACAUGGAUCUCGACGCUAUGGUGUUUGUGUAGACUGUGCAGAUAAAUCACAGCCAGGAGGGCAAGAAGGUGUAGAUCAGGGACAGGAUACAGAUUUCCCUCGGGAUGAAGAAUAUGAAGAGAAUGAAGUGGGAGAAGCUGAUGAAGAGCUGGUUGAUGAUGGAGAAGAUCAGAAUGAUCCAUCUCGGUGGGAUGAAUCAGGAGAUGUUUGUAUGUCUCUAGAUGAUUAACUGACCUAUACUCCUCAAGGAUGCUGCAUUUGGACAUAAUAUGAAUCGACAAUUUGAAUUGUUGAACUUGAAGGCUUGCAAAAUAUGGUACAUGCUGGAUGGUAGUUAUGUUGCUGUGAAAACUGUAGGGUCAAAAAGCCUUAUAGCAAAAAAAAAAAAAUUUUUUUUUUUUUA